AUGUCCUUUGAUACGCUAAGAUUGACGCCGACGCCGUUGUUGGUUGGUCCGUGUGUCAAGUCGCCGCCGACGUUUGCCGGGACCGGCACACUGUCCAAGCCCAGAAGGUUUCCGAUCGAGCAAAUGGACGGGUUUCGCGACCAGGAGGCUGCUGUUUUCCAGGACCUCUUGUUUGUUCUGGUAGGACUUGAAGGGUUCUACAUUCGGUACGCCGAGUCGUUCAAUAUUGAUUCCAGUGUGACACAGCGCUUAAUUGGCCCAGACUUUUCAAUAAACAAACAUUUGGCUCCCAGUUUGAAAGAUAUAUCAAAACGCAUCAGCCAGCUGGGGAAACGAUACGUCAGUUUGACCACGUUUUUGGAACAGUACGAUAAUCUCCAGUACGGCACAGUGGUUCAGGCCUUGUGUUUUGAAAUCAGACAAAACUUGAAGACGUACGAGUCCAUUCUGGUCCAGAUCGAACACGAGUUCCACACUAAUGCUAAUUAUUCGGUGACCCUAUUGGAACAAGAUCUGACUGCAAAACCAGUGGUCCAGCUUUCUCUGUUGUACGACAUAGUGUUGCAGAUCGUGCAGGAAAAUGAGAAUCGCAAAGAUUCCACCAACAUGGACAGAAUGCGAUUCGAGAGCAUGCUCAAGUCGCUGAAGGACGACCACUACACGGGGACUCUGGACGGAGUUACAUCCGAUCCACGCAACAGCAAGGUCGUGAAGGGAGGACUGGUGUUAAGUUUCAUUCAGUCGGCCAUCGAUCAGCACAAGGGAAACACCACAGCGUACCAGUUUCUUGUGAAUUUGUUCAACAAGGUGUCGCAGAACUAUGUUGUGAUGCUUAACUCAUGGCUCGAAAAAGGUUCAAUAGAAGAUCCCCACGAAGAAUUCCUAAUCCACCAAACCACCGAAGGGUCCAGAGUGAGCGAAGAUUACUGGGCCGACAAGUUCACCAUCCGCAGCGAGGGACUGUUGAAACAGUUCUACCCUCCAAAUGUUCAAAAGAAAGUGAUUCUCACAGGAAAGUACCUCAAUGUGCUGAAAGAAUGCGGGAUCGAUGUAGAUGAUCUUGCUGGAAUUGUGCAUAUUAAAACUCUGCAAGAUAAUGACAUGUACAUCCGGUUGGACGAGGCGUACAACCGUGCUAACAAACUGAUCAUCGAUCUGCUAUUCAAAGGGUUCCAUAUUCGCGAGUUUCUUGAAGGCUUGAACAAAUACUUCCUGCUCACAAACAAUCACAAUUUUAACGAGUUUAUGAGCUCCAGUCUGGCCGAGCUUCGCAAAUCAAGAGACCAUGCCUCACUCAACACAUUGACAAAACUCUAUCUUGGAAGCUACCAUGAAGACGACAGUAUUGACUCAGACCCACGGUCAAAGAGUAAACGACUUAUAUUCAAUUUGGCUAGUCACUCUUUGUCGAAAUACACCCUCCUAGACGAGCUUGUUAUGAUCUUGAGCGCAAAGACCACCAACUCAGAUAAAGUGUUUGCAUCCUCUGACUUGAGUUCGUUGAAAAACUUACUCAACUCCACUUUGGAAGCCAACGAAAACCAGGUCAAGGCCAACGUUCUUACCAAUACGAAGAUUGACCAGUAUUCCGUGUUCAACUUUAGUUUGGACGUUGAGGUGCCGUUCCCGUUGAACUUGAUAAUCACAAAGUCCCAGAUGAUCGAGUACCAGUUCAUGUUCCGCAACCUGACGUAUUUAAAAUUUGUCGAAAAGUCUUUGGAAUUGUCUUGGAGAGAGAUCACCCACCAGCGGUUCUGGUGCUGGCCGUUCGAAGAUCCAGGUCUGCGCCGGUGGAUCAAACAGGCCAGAAUAGUUCAUUCUAAUAUGAGGACGCUCGUGAAUUUGUGUCUGUUCUACCUAAACUUUGACGUCAUUGAUGCCAACUGGAAAAAAGUCGAGCAGCUUCUCGACAGUCUCAAGACCGAUCCGACUGUGGAGCUGGAGUCUGUUUUUGGGUCGAUCAAGUCUUUUCUCAGCACGAUUCUUGCUGACUCCAUGCUGACCAAGAUCAGACUCACUCAGAUCGUGAACCAGCUGUUUGCUAUCAUUGUGCUGUACCACAAUUUUCUGAUGGCUCUCCGAAAAACGCUGAUACUGAUGGACGAACAACUCUUCACCGAAAACCAGGCCAAGCUGUCGUUGGGAACCACCUUUAGUCCUGAGAAGAACGGCUCAAGAAUGAGAAGAUUGCACGAAGGGCUCAGAAAUUACAAGGAAAAGUACAACUCUAAGCUGAGCGAUCUAAUGGACGCACUCAAGUACUACGGAGAAAUUGACUCGCCGUCCCUUCUGCGUCUCUACGAAGAGCUGGCCUUGUCGUUCAACAUGGAAGUUUAUUAA